AUGAAAGUUAUAAAAACACGUCAGGAGAAAGCUUCGUAUCUGUUGCCGGGAUUUAACAAAGCAGAAAUUCCAUCUUUAAGCGAUAUUAACGAGAGUCUGUUGUUCGACAAAGCCACCGUGGCCGAAGUUCUGCAUAAUACCGGACACGAUACGUCUCGAUUGUUAGUACCCUACGUCCCUCGCCACAUCGGAACCGUAGGCGAAGUCAGCGUUACUCGUAGCAUUAGCGAUUUGAAUUCCAUUAGCGUCGAAGUCGAUAGCGUUUCUUCUUCUCCCGGAGUCACAAAGAAGCAUCUGGGAGAAGAAAUAACCGUAGAAUCCUUGAGGAAAAUGAUGGCGGAACCGCUGGGAGCGCAACAGGAGGCGGAAGAAGAAAGACGUUUGCAGGUGAUAGAGAGAUUUCGAACGGCUCCCUUCGAGGAUCUGGUGGCAAAAUCGGAACACGAGACGAUCGAUCUACAAAACAAGUUGAACGAGAUAUUCGGAAAGAUGCCGCCGUCGGUAGAAGUGUCGAGCAGACCCAGUUCCCCCCAUCCGGCUAGCAAAGAGGAUAACUCGUGUCAGAUUACCGCUCCACCCGUUUACGCGGUUCAGUUUCCCGAAUUGUUUUUUUUCUAAAUUCGCGUCUGCCCCGUACGAAGAAAGGUCGCGCCGGACCGUGCAAUAACGCUAGGAUUUUUCCUAUUUAUUAUAAGCAAUUAGUCGUUCCUCGCGCCUAGAAUAGCCGUGGAUAUCCGUCGCCUUAGAACGCAUCCGAGUUUUAGUAAACAGUAGAAGAAUAUCGUAGAUUUUUGUCGUUUGGUAUUA